AUGCGUUCCGCGUUGUUCUUUCUUGCUCUCACUCUGGUUGUAGCCUCAGUUUCUGCGGAGGUUUCCAUUACAAAGCCACUUUUAGUUCGUGGCAAAGCGCUGUAUGCAGCCACACACCGAUUCUUUGCUGAAGAUCCCCUUGGUCAAAGAAUUGCCAAAUUCUUUGGAGACACCAGUGAGAUAACCACAGAAGGAAGAAGAAGAGUGCGUGAACGAAUAGCCAAGUACAUCAGAGAGCUAAAGGCCGAAGUUUAA